AUGGCUCAUCCAUCUAUGGUGCGCCUGGGUGCAAUUUUGCUCAUUCUGUUACUCGCCGUUCUUUUAGCUGAGGGAGCUUCUCAACCAAAGGCCAAGAAGGUCAAGUGCAAAGACAAGAAGUUCUCCAAGUGUUACCACAAAGAUCUCUAUUGCCCUAAAUCAUGCCUCCGCACUUGUUUCGUGAAUUGCAAGAAAUGCAAGGCUGUUUGUAAGGCCCCUCCUCCACCACCACCUCCUCCUCCAUCGCCUCCACCUAGACAUAAGAGGCGCUACCCACCCCCUCCUCCCAAGACAUAUCCUUCACCACCACCUGCCCCUUCAGUUGUUCCCCCUCCCCCUCCUUCAACUACAACUUCACCUCUGUCACCCCCUAUCUCUACCCCGUUAUCACCACCAUUGCCUCCUCCUACUAUCCCAUCACCACCUUCUUUGUAUCCUCCUCCGCCACUGCCUUCAUCAGAGGCCGCCGGUGGAAAUAGAGUCAAAUGCAAGAACAAGAACUACCCUCAUUGCUAUGGUCUGGAGCAGAGUUGUCCUAGUGCGUGCCCUGAGCAAUGUGAAGUUGACUGCGUUACAUGCAGUCCCGUUUGUAACUGCAACAAACCAGGUGCUGUGUGCCAAGAUCCCAGAUUCGUUGGUGGCGAUGGUAUAACCUUCUAUUUCCAUGGCAAGCGAGACCAAGACUUCUGCCUCGUAUCUGAUUCCAACAUCCACAUCAACGCCCACUUCAUCGGCAAAAGAGACCAAAACAUGAAGAGGGACUUCACCUGGGUCCAAUCUCUUGGUAUCCUCUUUGACAACCGCAAGCUCUUCAUAGGUGCUAAACCAACCUCCACUUGGGAUGACAGCGUCGACCGCCUAAUCGUAGCCAUUGACGACGAAACCAUUAGCCUUGCCGACAACGAAGGCGCGUAUUGGCAAUCGCAAGGGCUCAGGAUCACAAGGAGCAAGAACACAAAUGCCGUAGAAAUCGAAGCCGAAGGGAACUUUAAGAUCAAAGCAGUAGUGGUGCCGAUAACGGAAAAAGAGUCGGUGAUACACAAGUAUGGGAUCACACAGGAGGAUUGCUUUGCUCACCUUGACUUGAGCUUCAAGUUUUAUGCCCUAAGUGGGGAGGUUAAUGGCGUGCUGGGACAAACAUAUGGUGAUAACUAUGUGAGCAGGGUUAAGAUGGGUGUGAUGAUGCCUGUUCUGGGUGGCGAUAGAGAAUUUUCAUCGUCUAGUAUCUUUGCCUCAGACUGUGCAGUUGCUAGGUUUAGCGGUGAGUUCAGUGAAAAGGCUAAGUAUGCUAGUACUAUGAAUUGUGCUAGUGGGAUGGAUGGUCGUGGAGUUGUUUGCAAGAGGUAA